CCUCAUGACACUCAAAGGCAUUGACCCGGAAAUUAUUGUAAUUGGCAGGGGUCGCAAAUAGGUGGCUGGGGCCUAGGCUUCCCCCGAGGGUGGGCUUGAGACGUCCCUCGACUCAGCCAUUAGAUGGUGUUUCACCAUGGAAAUCACUCACUCUGUUAAGGAGCGCACAAUCUCUGAGAACAGUCUGGUGAUCCUGCUGCAGGGCCUCCAUGGACAGGUCACCACAGUGGAGCUGCGGAACGAGAGUAUGGCUGUGGGCCGCAUCAUCAACGUCGAUGCCUUCAUGAAUGUUCGUUUGGCUGAAGCAACAUUCACAGACCAGUAUGGCUGCUCCUCUUGGAUGGACAGCCUCUUUGUGACAGGAAGGAACAUUCGCUACAUCCACAUCCCGGAUAAUGUGGAUAUCAAGACUACAAUUGAGAAACAGCUGCAGCUCAUCCAAAGAAUUCGCACCUUUGGUGGCCGCGACAAGGGAAGGAAGGAGUUUCUUAGGUCAAAGGACAAAUGAAUGGGACUGGCAGUGUGCCCUGAUUUUAUUCUGUCCUUUUGGUUGUCUUGCACUGAAAUCUGCUCUCUUGAGUUAGGGCUUCACAUGAUGUUUCAGCAAAUCUUCAUUGCUCCAUGGCUGACUACAUCUCCUCUGAUGUUUCAGGGACUUCACUUCUUUUUUUUUAAAGGAGAAAUGUUUUGAGCCUCUUUGUACUUUAAAAUUCCCUUAAGUUUCUAAUAUGUGAUGCUUCUAUAGAGCUUGUUCUAUUUUGAUAAAUUCUGAUUUUGUGUUUUUAUUUUUACAAAUAAACUUUUGUAUCAAUACUUAUCAA